ACUGACCCUACAUAAUCCACUACAAAUCUAAACCAUCUCCAUCGCAUUCAUUAACGUUAAGAUUUCAACACAAGCACACAAAUCGAUUAUGUCGUUACUUCCUGAACAAAAACAAUUUUAUUCCCAAAAUGGUUACAUUCUAGUAUCCAAUAUUUUCACCGAGACCGAAAUAAGCGAAUGUUCCACAGCCUACGAUACCUUGUUUGCGGACAAGGUUAAAAACAAGUCGAAUUUGGAAGCAGAGUGGAAAGGCAACUGGAAAAACGAACAUAAAAAACAAUCGGUUUUAUCGAUCCACAAUUUGCAAUGUCACUCCUCCACAUUUACGAAAAUGCUGUUAAACCAGAACCUUUUGGACAUUGUGGCUGAAACCGUGGGGUCUCCGAACGUAUGUUUGCACCAUACCAAGGCCCACAUCAAACCGGAAAAAAUCGGAGCUACGUUUCCAACCCAUCAGGACUAUCACUACUUUCCGUACAAGAAUGAUUCUAUGGUCGCCAUAUUCAUCCAUUUGGAUGAUAGCGAUACUGAAAAUGGGGGUCUCGCCGUGUUUCCGGGGUCGCACAGAUUGGGCCCACAAGAGAACAAGUCAAACGUGGAGACGCAUUUUUAUGUGGAUCAGGACAAAUUCAGUCUUGAUAAAGCCACCUCCGUCGUGGCGAAACGUGGCGAUGUUCUAAUAUUUUCAUACCUCUUGGUGCAUGGGAGUUAUCCCAACGUGUCGGACAGGGUGAGGAGAAUGUUGCUCUUUCAGAUGAUGGCGGCGGAGGAUGUCCCGUUAAAAGGCAUCCAUUUAUCGCCUUGCCACGGAAUGGUUCUUCGUGGUCGCAACGCGGAGAGAAAUGCGGACAUUGAGAAGAGACAUGAGGCAUAAAUUUAGACGUGAAAAGUAUGGCACAAUUUGAUAUCUUACUUAAUUAUAAAUCAAAAUCAAUAUUUAUUAAACUUAUUUGUUAGAAAUAGAUAAAUGCCUAAGUUUAAGGAAAAAAAUAAUUGGUCGAAAGUAAACACCUUCAACCUUCUAAGUAUAC